AUACGAAGGAGAAGAGCUUCCUGUAAAUAUUCAUUUCGGUCAGCCGAGCCCAGACCACUUCCCUCCCGGGCAGCCCGCACACUCCCCGCCCUUCCCCGUCUUCUCGCGGGAUUACACGAGGUUUCCGGUGUUGUGAAUGUCUCCCCUCCGAGCAACAUGGCGGCCAGCAUCCGCGCCCGCUCCCUCCGCCACCUCCGCAUAAGAGGGCGGAAUGACAGCGGGGAGGAGAACGUUCCAAUAGAUCUCAGCAGAGAACCGAGUGACAACCUCAGAGAAAUUCUACAAAAUGUGGCCAAACUUCAUGGAGUCUCGAACAUGCGGAAAUUGGGUCACCUGAACAAUUUUAUAAAGCUUCUAUGCAACGUUGGCCACAAUGAAGAAAAAUUAGGUUUUAUGUAUGAAGACAUAAUUAUUUGCUUGCGAUUAGCUUUGUUAAAUGAAGCGAAAGAAGUGCGAGCAGCGGGCCUCCGCGCCCUCCGCUAUCUUAUUAGAGAUUCCAGUAUUUUACAGAAGCUGCUGACUUUAAAAUACAUAAUAACUAGGUGCAUAGAUAUUCAGCAAAGCAAUGAAGUAGAGAGGACGCAGGCACUUCGACUAGUCAGAAAGAUGAUUACUGUGAAUGCUUCCUUAUUCCCUAGUUCUAUAACCAAUUCCUUGAUAGCAGUCGGAAAUGAUGGCCUUCAGGAGAGGGACAGAAUGGUUCGUGCCUGUAUCGCAAUCAUCUGUGAACUAGCACUUCAGAAUCCAGAAGUUGUGGCGCUUAGAGGUGGUCUCAGUACGAUCCUGAAAAAUGUGAUCGACUGCCAGUUAAGCCGAAUAAACGAGGCUCUCAUCACCACAGUCUUGCACCUUCUUAAUCAUCCAAAGACCAGACAAUAUGUGCGAGCUGAUGUUGAAUUAGAGCAAAUUUUAGCGCCAUACACAGACUUUCACUACAGGCACAAUCCAGACACAGCAGAAGGACAGCUCAAAGAGGACCGAGAGGCCAGAUUCCAGGCAAGCAAACUGGGGAUUGUAGCAGCAUUCCGAUCAUGGGCAGGUAUCAUUAGCUUAUGCAAGCCUGGGAAUUCUGGCAUCCAUUCUCUCAUCGGAGUUCUUUGUAUACCAAACAUGGAAAUACGGCGAGGUCUUCUUGAGAUACUGUAUGAAAUAUUUCGCCUUCCUCUUCCUGUGGUGACAAAGGACUUUAUUGAGGCACUACUGAGUGUAGAUCCGAGUCGCUUUCAGGAGUCUUGGAGGCUUUCAGAUGAGUUUGUUGCAGCAGAAGCUAAAAUAAUUCUUCCACAUCGAGCGCGCUCCAGGCCUGAUCUCAUUGACAACUAUCUAGCGCUUGUACUUUCUGCAUUCAUUACAAAUGGCUUGUUGGAGGGCCUGGUGGAGGUGAUAGCAAGCAGUGAUGAUGAUGUGUCUGUCAGAGCAACAAUCAUCCUAGGGGAGCUCUUGCACAUGGCAAACACGAUCCUUCCCCAUUCACACAGCCAUCACUUACAUUGUUUACCAACCCUGAUGAACAUGGCGGCAUCGUUUGACAUCCCCAAGGAAAAAAGGCUACGGGCCAGUGCGGCAUUAAACUGCUUGAAACGCUUCCAUGAAAUGAAGAAACGAGGACCGAAACCUUACAGCUUGUAUCUAGAUCACGUUGUACAGAAAGCAAUGGCUACCCAUCAAAAACGCGACCAGCACCUGCGUGUACAAAAGGAUAUUUUUAUACUGAAGGAUACAGAAGAAGCUUUGGCAAUGAAUCUGAGAGACAGCCAAGUCCUCAAUCACAAAGAGAAUCUUGAAUGGAACUGGAAUCUUACAGGGACCAUACUCAAGUGGCCAAAUGUGAAUCUGAAAAACUGUAAAGAUGAGCAGCUACACAGGUUUGUACGGCGACUACUGUAUUUUUACAAGCCCAGCAGCAAGCUCUAUGCCAAUCUGGAUUUGGACUACAAUAAUGCCAAGAAGCUGACCGUAGUAGGUUGCCAGUUCACAGAGUUCCUGCUGGAGUCAGAGGAGGAUGGACAGGGUUACCUGGAGGAGUUAGUAAAGGACAUUGUUCUGUGGCUGACUACUACAUCGGGCAUGAAACAAGAGCGCAGUCUGCAAACCAACGGCUUACUGAACACACUCAGCCAGUACUACUUUCUGUUUAUUGGUACCCUCUCCUGCCACCCGCAUGGAGUCAAGAUGCUGGAGAAGUGCAAUAUGUUUCAGUGUCUCCUAAAUCUUUGCUCGCUUAAAAAUCAAGACCACUUAUUGAAACUGGCAGUCUCCAGCUUGGAUUACAGCCGAGAUGGGCUUGCCAGAGUCAUCCUCUCCAAAACGUUAACCGCAUCUCCUGAUAGCUGUCGUCUGUAUGCAACAAAGCACUUGCGGGUACUUUUGAGAGCCAAUGUGGAGUUUUUCAGCAACUGGGGGAUUGAGUUACUGGUGACACAGCUACAUGACAAAAGCAAAAAUAUCUCCACGGAAGCCUUAGAUAUUUUGGACGAGGCCUGUGAAGACAAGGCUAAUCUACACGCACUCAUCCAGAUGAAACCUGCUCUCUCUCAUCUUGGAGAUAAGGGCCUGCUCCUACUUCUAAGGUUCCUGUCAAUUCCGAAGGGGUUUUCUUACUUAAAUGAGAGGGGUUAUGUCACCAAGCAGCUGGAGAAAUGGCAGAAGGAAUACAAUCUGAAAUAUGUUGAACUGGUAGAAGAGCAACUGAACGAGGCUCUCACAACCUAUCGGAAGCCUGUUGAUGGGGAUAACUAUGUGCGACGCAGUAAUCAGAGAGUGCAGCGUCCCUAUGUGUAUUUACCUGUUCACUUGUAUGGGCAGCUGGUGCAUCAUAAAACUGGUUGUCAGCUCUUGGAGAUCCAGAACAUUGUUCCAGAUCUAAGCUACACUGUACGAUCACCAUCGCUAGACAAGUGGGAAGGAAUCAAACAGCUUAAAGCUGCUCUUUGGUCAUUGGGUAACAUAGGGUCCUCCAACUGGGGACUGAACUUGCUUCAGGAGGAGAAUGUGAUUCCAGAUAUUAUUGCACUUGCUCAGCACUGUGAAGUACUUUCCAUUAGGGGGACCUGCUCUUAUGUCCUCGGACUGCUCUCCAAGACAAAGCAAGGAUGCGAUAUACUGAAGCAUCACAACUGGGAUGCGGUGAGACAUAGCAGACGACACCUGUGGCCAGUGGUUCCAGAUGAAUUGGAGCAGCUCUGUAACGAGCUGUCUUCUAUACCUAGUACACUUAGCCUGAACUCUGAGUCAACCAGCUCAAGACACAACAGCGAGAGUGAAUCCGCACUUCCUAGUAUGUUCAUUGAAGACGGUAUUUCUUCAAGUCCUUUCUUCUUCACAGAUGAUUCUGAGCAGAUAUUUUUUGACAAACCAUUUAAGGACAAGGAUCGCAGUCCAUUCACACUUCUUGCCCAAAGCAAGUUUGUGAAAAAUCGUUUUCUGAAUUCACUGACUCUGCCAAGUAAGAAGUUUCGGGCCAGCAGCACCAGCGACCCUAAAACAAAUAAACUCCUGGCGGACAACAAGCAGCCGGGCCUAAGGCGGAACCGAACAGUCACAGAGCCUUGCACGCAUUCAGAGUUCAACUCCAUGGACAGUUUGGGCUCCGAUUUCAAAGUUCCCAAAAUAAAUACCCUUCGUCCAGAAAGUUCUACCAUUAAACACAUAGAGAACAAUGGCAGCACACCCAGUAUUACCGAAAACGAUCUGAAACUUCCAAAUCACAGAGACCAUGCUAGUCAUGAGAGACUCAUAGGUGAUGGCACAAUGAAUACACACUUUAAGAGCCGCAGCUUGAGUUUUAAUACAGACACGACGACUAGCGGCAUAAGCUCCAUGAGCUCCAGCCCCUCUAGAGAGACUGUGGGAAUAGACACUACAAACCUCGAUACAGACUGUGGAAGUUUGAGUACGGUCAUUAGCACCAAAACUGUUAAAACUAGUCUGCCAGCCAUGCUGCAUCCCAAUCACUUGCCCCUUUCUAAGUCAAACUCUGUGUCCUUGGUGCCCCCUGGGUCUUCCCAUACGCUUCCUCGGAGAGCGCAAUCACUCAAGGCGCCCUCCAUAGCUGCCAUUAAAAGCUUGGCGGAUUAUCACUUUAGCUAUACAAGUUCUCGUGAUGCAUUCGGCUAUGCAACUUUGAAACGGCUACAGCAGCAGCGAAUGCAUCCUUCACUUUCUCAUUCUGAAGCUUUGGCUUCUCCAGCUAAAGACGUUCUCUUCACUGAUACCAUAACCAUGAAGACCGGAAGCUUAGAUUCCAGACUAACAUCAAGCAGGUUCAUGAAGGCAUUAAGCUACGCUUCACUGGAUAAAGAAGAUUUGUUAAGUCCUAUAAACCAAAACACUUUGCAGCGCUCAUCGUCUGUUCGAUCCAUGGUGUCAAACGCAACCUAUGGCAGCUCGGAUGAUUACAUUGGGUUAGCUUUGCCCAUGGAUAUUAAUGAUAUGUUUCAGAUCAAGGAAACUCCAUAUUUCCAGAAGACGAUGCCUCCAACGGAAGAGCGCGCUGCUAAAAUGUUUGCACCUGAAGUGGGUGACUUGCCAAGCAUUACCGGGUCUGGGGUUAGGAGCCCCUACCAGGCUCUCCGACAGCAGUUCAGCAUUACAGAAAUCAUGAACUCAAGCCGGUCGGACGCCUCCCAGUUCCUGGAGAACACAGAGGACACUGGGCUGCAGGAACACACAGAUGACAACUGUCUGUACUGUGUGGGGUUCCAGAUAAUGGGUUACAGCCACGGUAACCAGCUGAAUGAAUUUAGUCGUUUAGACUUUCCUGACAUUCCAUAUUCUGACUGGUGUGCACAUACCAUCCCCAAUCAUUUAGAAGUGGUAUCCCAUUCUUCCAAGUAUUCUGGAAUUUCAGGGUGUAGUGAUGGUGCAUCCCAGGGCUCUGCGAGCAGUACCAAAAGUACAGAGUUAGUUCUAGGAGGAAAGUCAAUUCCUGAAGAUACACCUGUGUGCCGAAUAUUGUUACGGAAAGAGGUCUUAAGGCUGGUCAUUAACCUGAGUAGUUCUGUAGGAACAAAGGGUCAUGAAACAGGACUUUUAACGAUCAAAGAGAAGUUUCCCCAAGCAUUUGAUGACAUUUGCCUCUACUCUGAAGUUUCCUACUUAUUAGCACAUUGCACAUUUCGACUCCCAUCUCGGAGGUUCAUCCAGGAGCUUUUUCAGGAUGUGCAAUUUCAAAUUAUGCAUGAAGAAGCAGAGGCUCUCUUAGCGGUUCCACCAAAACAACCAAUAAUUGCUGCUGAUGCCGAAUCAUGACCUUUGACUUCUGCGAUCAGCAGGAAGUAAUGGACAUUUGCCUGGCUGACUGGCCCACAGACACAGGAGCACCUUCUCUCAUUCAGACUGCUAUGCGCACCGUGAAUGAAGAAUCUAUAUAUACAGUAUAUAUAAUUAUUUUUUCUUUUAAUCUGAACAGUGAUAUUUUUUUUUUUUGUUAACCCUCCAACCAGGGGAGUUUCCUUUCUGUCAACGCAAACGUGGCUAUUCCAACCAUAAAUAACUUUGUAUGCAAGAGCCAAGCACUGAUACAACCACCAAUCCUAUAAAUACUUCUGUAGAUAGUUGGACACUUUGAAGAGACUCAUUGUCUGUCCUUGGGCAGUAUGAUGCCUUGUAUAAUGACCCUUUGUUACAAAUCGGUAUUUUCCUGCAUGGCCCUCCCAAUCCACCUGCCAAGGGAUACCUCAGGGACGAAGACCCUGUAAUGCUUUUUUCAAAACACUACUUGGAUGGGGAUGUAUGCAGCCUCUGUUUUAUUACCCAAGCAAGAAAGAGACCCUCAGUGACCUAAGAGUACCUGCUGCAUUCACAGUAGUAUGCUUAAUCCUUUAAUUGCCAGCGCGUUUCCGUAACCCCGCAGCAAACUAUAAAAACACUUUUAUGGAUAAGUUAUACGUCAUGUACCCUUGAACCUGACUGAUAAUCAAUCCCCUCUCCAUUUUAUGAGGCUAGCAAGUGUCUUACGGCCAUACCCCAUGCUCAGAAUCCAGUCUGUUGUAUAGGAAGACUCCGCCACCUUGAUACAUUUCACCUCUAUUUCGUAGGACUUAUGGGAAGCAAGCAAGACGUCAGGCAUUUUGCACAUUCCGCCAGAAGACAAAGAAAACAAAAGACAAUCUGUUUAACAGUUGGAUAGAUUUUAUUUAUCACAGUAUGACCUUACAUGACUGCUAGAAGUAUUCUGGAUAGGCCAGAGGAAGAUCUAGCUCAAAACAAUGUCUGUCUAUUUGUCUCUUUAUUUAAUGCCAGUGUUUUGGGUUUAUUUCCUUUUGUUUUAAUAGAUUUGCACAAGACAUAUUCAUACGAUGUAAUUGGUCGGAAGAGGCUGAUGGCUUUGACACAUGCACCUUUUCUGUUUUUUUUUGUUGUUUAUACAUAUCUAUCUUAAACUGAAUGGAAACAUGUUCUGAAUUUCAACUUUUUACUCGCUGACGGAGUUCAUCUGACCAUUUGCAGAGCAAAGUGUUGGAUCUUUUCUGCCAGCCAAAAGGUGAAGAUAUGCAAAUAUGUAUAUAACUAGCAUGGACAAAGUCACUACAUUGCGCGUAUGUAAACUCACAUUUUAUGAUGUUGAAUGGCUUGAGUGUAUGUAUAUAUCAUCCAGCUGGACUGUUAGAACCUGUGCAAAUGAGGAAUUACGAGUGUGCUGAACAGUGUAAAUCUUUCAUCACAAAGUAGGUCCGAUUUGCUUACCGGAAAACAAAGACGAGAAGAAAAAAAAAAAAGGUUGGCGCACACCGUGAUACUGAAACUCUGUUUCCAUGUGUGAAACAAUGUACAAAAUGCAAUUAAAUUGUAUGAUAAUUUAAAAUGAA